AUGGUCGGAGAAAUAGUGCACGUAGACAACUCAACACAUCUUGGGCCCGUCCCAUCGGGAGAGUGGUGCCAGGUUGACGGAGCAUGGAAAGAGACAGAGUGUCGGGCAGGACUUGGGUGGUACAACUUUGACCCGGAGUCGGGCUCAACUUUGGUUGGUGCUAGCAAUCUACGGCGGAGAUUAUCCCCAUUACAGACGGAAUUGGAGACACUUAUUUGGGCUAUGCAAAGCAUGUUAGUCCAUAAUAAACAGCGGAUGAAUUUCCAAACAGACUGUGCUCAGCUGGUGAAGAUGGUGUCUGAACCUGCAGAGUGGCCAGCUUUUGAGAUCUUGCUUGAAGAGAUGGAGAAAUGCAGAAAGAUGUUCCAGGCGUUCUCCAUAACACACAUUCCCAGGAAAAAAAACACGAAGGCAGACAGACUAACACAGAGUGCUCGAGAUCAGCCUCAUGAUGUGUAUAACAUAAACUCAGUUCCACCGGCUUCGUUUCCCGAACCGAUUUAG